AAAAUGAAAGUGAAACUGAUUUUUGUGCUUUUUCGAAAGCAUUUAAAAUCUAAAAAAGUAGGCGCUGAGUUUACGUUCAAGGUUUGUGGCACGUUCGAAAUCACAUAUAUUAUCGAUGUACAAUAAUAUCUACAUGUUUUUGAAGUGAUACGUAAUAAUGGCAGUUAAGCAAAGGUGUACAUUACCUGUUAUCAUUAUAUAAAGGCUUAUUCAAGCUUAAAUAAAAUGCCAUACAAAUUAGGUGAAUAAUAAUAAUCACGGAAUUCGGUGGUACACCAUGAUAAGCAGAUAAUGGAUAAAACAAAGCGAAAAACUUUUAUGUUUAUUCCUUCUGAAUUAACUGAACUCAGUCUACUGAGAAAUCAAAAGUCAAAUUUUUCAAAUACCACCGAUUUUUACUCACUUGGUUAUAAAAUACCUGAAAUAUAUGGCAAUCAAUCAAACGACAGUGAAGUUGUACUGAUUUUGGGAUUUUAUGAUUCAUUCACUGAAAAAAAUGAAGUAUGCCCUUAUUGUUGUGUAAAAAUUCAAUCUAAUGAUGAUCUACAUAUUUGUGCUCAAAGUCUUAAAAAGUAUAAAUUUGAUCGUUCAUGCAUUAAACCAUAUUAUCCCUUAUUAACCAAUGAAUCUUAUAUAUGGAUUAGUCUUGAUAUGAAUAAAUUACCAUCAUUAUUGAAACAUGGUAUUCUCAUGAAAUAUUCUAGAUUAUUUUAUUCUCAAAACCAUAAUUGGUUAUAUUCAAUUAUGAAUUAUGAAAUUGGUCAAUCAUUAUGUACACUUAUUCUAUGGUCUAAUCAAUUUACACUAGACUAUAAUACAUCUUGUUGUGAUCAAUUGAAUUAUGAAAGAAAAUGUUCACGGCAAUAUUCCCGUUUCAUUGAGAUAAUAGUACAGAUUUUCACCAAGUUGUUUAACAAAACCAUUCAAAUGAGUUAUACCUUAUUAUUAAUUAAAUACCAAUAUGAUACGUCAAAGAAAUCAUCUACAUUCUGUACAAAUUGUCUAAAUAAGUUAUCCAAUACUACCAAUACUACUACUACUACUACUGAUAACAGUAGUAACAUCAGUACCACAAAUCAUUCUUCUAUGCUAUAUGUCCACCAUUCGAAAAUGUUAUCAUUGUCAACUUUUGUACCAGAUCCUAGUCUAGUUAUAUUUUGUGCUAUACAAUUAUUAAUUUUAAUGUUAUGUUUAAUUACAGUACCGCAUAAUCAUUAUCAUCAUCAUAGUGAUAAUAAUUAUGAUUUUGGAUACUGUACACCUCAUGUGAAUAAAUCAUCAUCUCAAUUAUCUUCAUGUAAUACUAUUCAAUCAAAUUAUCAUACUAUUACUACUACUACUACUACUACUAAUACAGCCAUUAGUAGUAGUUGGUUACCGAAUGAUUUAAAUUGUAAAAUUAUCCCUACAUUAGGCUUAUUUUAUUUAGAUAAAAAUGAAGAAAAUUAUACAUUGGCAUUAUCAUCAACAAAUCUCUCAUCAUCUUCAUCAUCUCCAUUCAUAUUAUAUAAUUCCACAAAAGAAUUAAUGAACUAUCUGUCACCAUCAACAGAUUACUGUCAAAUGAAUAUACUUUAUCGUUAUAUUGAAUAUUUCACAUGUGAAUUAACUCGUCUUCUAUUAUGGCUUGAACAAGGUAAACCAGCUGGUUUAAAAAUCAAUAUUCAUUUAUCCUAUUUAAUGGGACAAUUUUUUUUAUAUCAUAUAUUAGCAUGGCGUUCUUAUGUUACAUUUAUUAUUUAUUUAUUAAUUGAUUUAAUGAAUCAAUUAAAACAAUUCACUGGAAUUGAUUCAUUCAAUAAUCACGAUCAUCAUUAUCAUUAUCAUUACAUUUUAAUCAAUAUUAUAACAAUCAUAUGUUUAUUAAUGAGUACAAUUUACUUAGUAACAACAUUAUCUAUAUAUCAAUAUAAACACUAUUAUCCUCUUCCUCCUCCUCCUCCUCCUCCUGCUCCUCCCCACUAUGUUUAUAUUGUAUCCUUAUUGAGAAUGUUUAUGAUUUAUAUAUCAACAAUAAUACGUUUAUUGUUUAGUUUAUUAAUUUGUUUAUUAUUAGAUACAAUUGAAUUGAUUACAUUGCAUUUAACAAGCUUUUAUAUAUAUGCUACACAUUUACUUCGUUUACAAUUGAAAACAAUAGCUGCUUCAUGGCGUCUAUGUCGUAAUAGUUCUAAAUGGAAUCCAUUACGUAAUCGUGUUGAUAAAAUACCGGAUAUGUAUCUUGAUUCUAAUGAAUUUUUCUUAUCAGUUAGUUCAUUACAGAAGAAAAUUUCAUCAUCCUCAUCAUCAUCAUCUCCAUCAUCACCGACAAUAUUAUCGACGGCUACUACUACACCAGGAUUUUUCAACGACAAAAAUCACUGCCAAAAACAACAAUCAGAAAGAUCAAUUGUGCGACAAGAAAAUGUAUUGUAUAAAUUUAUUUCUCAUAAAAAAGAUUCUGAUAUUAUUCUAUGUGAUCAAUUGACUAAACAAACAUGUGGAGUAUAUCUGGAUCGUUUAUUAGUUUCCACUUUAUUGGGUCUUGCUAUUGGAUUAUGUUUAUUUACUACGACAAUAGCAUUUUAUAUUACAUUUGCAUCUGUUCAAUUGGUUUUACUACUGAUUAAAAAUAGUUUAAAAAAUUUAGUUUGGUUUAUUAUGGAUUUCCCAUUGGAAUCUUUAAUAUGCUGGUUAUUGAAUAGUUCAAAUUAUCAAACUAAGCUAAUUUUGGAAGCACCGCGAAUGGACUCAAAAUAUUUUCCAUUUCUACAAUUAAAAGUAACUAGAAUUGAUUUCAGUGAAAUGUAUCAUCAAAAUCAUUUAUUGCAUAAACCAUUAUUUCCAUCAAAUUCAUUAUCUUUCAUGGAAAUAUUCUAUCGUCUUUUAUCUGCUCAAGAUAUUCGAUAAAUACAGACAGAGUUUUGUUAGUGUUUAGGUCUUUAUUAUUAUUAUUAGUAGUAGUACUAUUACUACCAUUAUUAUUAUUACUAUUACCAUUACGAUUACUAUUAAUAUUACUAUUACUACUACUACUACGACUAUUAUUAUUAUUAUUAUUAUUCAUUAUAUGUGAAAAUUAUAUUUGAAAUAUUCUCAGCGAUUGAAAUUUAACUAAUUCCAACGUUUCGUCCAGCUAACUUGUCUGGACUUCUUCAGGGUAAUAAUCAAAAUCAAAAUUAUCAAAGGAAUAUAUAGCUUUUAACAAUCAGGAUUAUACUGUGUUAAAAAGCUAUAUAUUUCUUUGAUAAUUUUGAUUUUGAUUAUUACCCUGAAGAAGUCCAGACAAGUUAGCUGGACGAAACGUUGGAAUUAGUUAAAUUUCAAUCGCUGAGAAUAUUUCAAAUAUAAUUUUCACAUAUAAUGACUUCUCUAUACUCGGCGCUCAAUUACUGUCAAACUAUUCGUUCUAAUCUUGACAAAUAUUCGUAUAUUAUUAUUAUUAUUAUUAUUAUUAUUAUUAUUAUUAUUAUUAUUAUUAUUAUUAUUAUUACGUAACUAUAUUCUUAGUGAUAUUUUCGGUGGAACUUCUCUUAUUUUUAUAACAUGUAAUAUGAUUAUAACAUUUUCAUCUCUCUAUUAUACAUUGAAUAGUAAGUAUAUUCAUGGAUAAUAUAUGGUUAUUAUGUUUAUUUAUAAUUCAGUUAUGAUAUGUACUACUGAUGAUGAUGAUGCUGAUAGAUAUAAGUAGUAUAUAUCCAUCAAUCGAAAGGGAAAUGUCUUGCAGCAGACGGUUAAGAAAAUUGAAGAAAAGAAAACAAUAACAGAGAAUGAUUGAUGUGAAAACGAAAGAACAAUGAAGUCGGAGAUGAUUGAUUGACAUUUUGAAAAUAAAGUAUUUACUGUAUGGUCUUCAGAUUUUAUCCCAAGAUAUUCAGUAAUGUUGAAUUAUGUUACAUUUGGUUGUCUCCACUUGUGUUCUCGUUUACUACAUUAGUUAUAGCAGUACUAAUAAUACUAGUUAUGUGGUGUAUAGUACUGAUAUCGACAGAUAUAAGUAGUAUGUAUCAUCAUUCGGAAGUGAAAUGUCUGAAGCUAAAAGGUUAAGAGGAUCAAAGAAGAGAGAAUGCGAACAGAGAAUGAUUGAUGUGGAAAUGAAAGAACAAUGAAGUUUGAAAUGAUUGAUAGAUAUUUUGUAAAAGAAGUAUUUACUGUAUGAUUUUCAGAUUUGACUAAGUUGUUCUGUCAUUUUGUGCUCAAAUACAUUCGAUUGUCCAUGCUUAUGUUCUCGUUUAUUACAUUAUGGCAGAAAGCGAUAACAUUGUUAAUUAUCAACAUUUAAAGAUGUUAGCCAAUUAGAAGAAAACAAUUUUUCGUGUAUUUUUGAUUCAUACGACUAGAUAAUUUGAAUAAUCCUUAUUGGUGUUGGGGACGUUAGAUCCCCAGGACUCACAUGGGAAAGGAACUAAUUUUGUAAUUAUAUUUAGAAAAUUUGAAUUUCUUUGUUUUUGCUCCAAAGACGCUUUUGUCACCUUCAUGUCGUAUUUCCCACUUGGGAAAUAUCUUAAAUGUUAUUGGUUCGUUGCGUCUUUUAGUAUGCUAUUUUUGGUAACUCCCCAAGGACGGUUUUGUAUUGUAUAUAUACGUUUUGGAUUGUGUUUGUUGUUAUCGCUCGUUUUUGGCUGUUUGCAGAAUAUACUUCCCCAUUCCAAGCUUGGACUUCUCCCUCUAGUUAGCGAGGCCGGGACGCAUCAAAUAGCUAGCUUAUUGGUCUUUGGUCAUCGAGUCUUGUUUCUCGUUCUUAGAUUAAGUGAACUCGUGAUAGCUUCAACCCUAACAAUUGGAUAGGUUUCUAUUUGUAUGUAUAAAUCACUUGAACAUUUCUGUAUUGUUGAUUGGUUAUUUUUGGAUAUUUCUGCAAACUAGUGAUACAUCAUACGGAACUGAUUAUUACAUUAUUCAGUGUAAUCUAUUCACAUCAAAUCAGAUGGAAUAUACCUUCAGUUUAUUAAGUAAGGGUGUCUUCACCUCGAAAAGACCGGCAAUAAACUUCAGAAUCUUGUCAAACACCAUACAUUUAAUAGAAUGCAACUGGAAUACUUUGUAAAAAUUUAGAUUACCCUUCCAAAGUGUUUAUAGACUACCGUACAUUGUAUUGAAACUAAAGAUAUUCAGGCCUUGUGAAUAGUGUAACAUUAUCCAUGAAGUCUUCUUGCUCACUGUUGUAAUCGACUAUCACUUUGAUUCUCAAUAUUAGUUAAAGUUUUGAGGAAUUUUCGACCUUUCUCCUUAUUACUCAUAUGAUCUACUGUAUGUUGAGACUUUAUUGUGAUGAAUACAUAUAUAUUCAUUGUUACGCAUCUAACUGGAAAUUGAUUAGUGUCGGCUAAAAAUGAUGCCUACCCUUUGAUAAUCAUCAUUACUGAAUUAUUAAACUCUCUCAUUGAUGGAUUUCUCUAUUACAUAUUGUACGGUCAGACGAUUAAAUCUGACCUCCUUGUAACAACUCCAGCCUUAAUAUAUAAUUACUCAUCAAACUUAAUUUGUGAGUCAAGUAUGGUUCUUGUAUCGUUUUGGACUAAACCUGAUCUAAUGCGGUAAGACUAAAAGCAGCAAGCCCAAAGUCCGAAGGCGAAGUCAUACUGAAGCAUACAACAAGCAUAACAGCGAUGCUGCCUUCCCACAAGGAGGCCUAGAGUUAGAACGGUCGACUCUGAAAAUACAAACCUCACAAAAAUUACUCACAAGAAUGUCGUGUGUGACCGACCUCAAGCAGUUGUCGUUUGGGCACUGUGAUCACGCUGUCAGAUCACUAAGACCACUUCUAAUGCGAUUUCUUUUUCAGUUACCUCCAGAAGAACCCUUCCACGAUAUGGGCAACCGGGAGAUGAUAACCUUCCUCAUACCUCUAACAGCACUCAAGACCACUGUAUUGAUAAUCAACCUCCCAUCGAAUUCGGAGUAUAAAAAUGUUUGUACAAUAUUACUAGUAUAAAUCUAGGUCGUUUACAGCUAAUGAAAAGUGUUGAAAUACGAUAGACUCAUGUUAUUCCACUCUUCUUGCCUUAUUUAAACUAAAUCUCUAUUUAACGUUUUUAAAUCACGGUGUUAUUUUGAAAGCGCUCUGUUUUUGUAAGUGUACACUGCAUUAUAUUGUUUGUUCCAUUCCCAAUUGAAUGGUACAUAGCUUUGAUUAUUGAGUUAAAAUUUGUCUUAGAAUUAAUUGCCUGCAUCAAUUUGAAAUUUCACUGAUAACAAUAGUUAUCAUAGAGCAUUAGUCUAAAUGAUUAUACUAAUGUGGUGUGGGUUACUUAUAUCCACAUGAGUAGUAUAUAAUGGUAGUUAGGCAUAGAAUGUGUUUUGUUAGACGGUCAAUGAAGAAAGAACGGGAACGGAACGAAAUUGGUAUGAAAACGCAUGAACAAUGAAAUCUGAGACAAUGGAUUGAUGUUUGCACCGGGAGCAGUCAAGUUCGAUAUUUUGCAAGUUAACGAUUCACUAUAUGGUUCUCAGAUUUUAUUGAGAUGCUCUGUAAUUAUGUGCUCAAAUACUUCACAUUGUUUCCAUUAGUGUUCUUGUUCACUACCCUAACUCAAAGUAACACGAUGAAUAGCCAAAGGCUCAGAAUGUUAGUAGUAUUAGUAAUAAUGAGAAAUUUUAGCGAAUUUAAUUUGAAAAUAAUAGGUAAGUCAAAGAAGUGGAAUUUGCGGACUAAUAUUGAAGCUCAAGGCUUAGGGGAGGGGGAGGAGACAAAGAGUGAAUUCACCUACGGCACAGUGAUCAAAUACAAGACAUUUCUCUUUUCAGUUAGUUUACAUUAACCAUCAAGACUCAAAUCAAAUGUCAAUUACAUUGUGGAUUGAUCCAUAUCUUGGACUAACCCGUAUGUCUUCGUUUUUGUUUAACCUACUCUAGUUAAUACUGUACUUCAGUGUAGAUAGAUGAUUAUUCGAGAAAUGUUACACAUCAGAUAGUUGCCUCAAUUGAUAAGAGUUCACGAUUUCAUUUAUCGAUUCACCACUAUUUUCAAACACUCCUAUUCAUCUAGCCCUGGCAUUGUUUGCUCAGUUGAUCUACAAUUUGUAAACAAUGCUGUGAAGAUAGUGUGUUAAAUUACCGCAUUUUGACAGUACAUACGUACCACAAAGAAUAAAGUUUAGUGACAUCUGGAUGUAACUCCGCCUGAACUCCCUCCGGGAGCCACUGCCGGUCCCAAGCCCGGAUAAAGGAGGAGGGUUGGGCAUGGGGUUAGCGACCCCAUCCAGUAGAAAACUAACUCGCUAAAAGAAAACACUAACCAGACAUCUGGAUGUGAAAAGUUAUAAUGAGAUUCAUAUUUCUUACUUAACAUAGUCUGAGGGUUUACUGUUAGAAUGUUAACAGUUUAAAAAGAUUCUAUUCGAAAACUCAUAGUCUAAUUUAAUCAUAACCCUUGUUUCACCUAAUUUUAUUUGUGCAAUCACAUAGUAUCAUUAGCCUUCAUACUUAAAGUGUAGUUUACCCUCGAGUACCUUGUUAAAUGCGUUGAUUCAACACUUGAUCAAAUCAACUAUAAAGAAGGUGCAAAACCAACGACAUAUGAAACUGUUGAUUUUCAUCAAAUGAGCAUAGUUCAUAUGUAAUUAGAAUGAAUUACGCAAUAACUAUGUCGAAUGUUACACAAGUCAAAUAAAUAAUCCAGUUAUAUUUUCCUCGAUAGAAUUCAAAUGACGAACUGAUAUGAGUUAGAUCACUGUUGGAGGAAUUGAACAACCAUUGCAUUCUAAUAUUGAACUCUUCAUCCGAGUCGUGGAUGCUCACUGCUAAGAAGUCAUAUACUUGGGUGGAACAGCUGUUCAGUGAUUCCAAGUGAUUUAACUAAGAUCAGUUCGUGAUAUCAAAUCUUUGAAAUUUCUAUAAUUUUCAAAAAGCCUCAUAUGGAUACUUACAUUUAGUCAGCUCACAUUUCUAUUUAGCUAAGUAUAGAAUCUUAGUACGUUGUUUACCUAGUGUAUUAAAUUUCAUCUUUGUUAAUGACAUUAUUCGGAUGGUAUCAUUAUUGUUGCCG